AUGGGCCUUCCAGUGUGGCGCGCGCCGUCCCCCGAGGCUCCAUCGCAUGCGCUCAAGGACCCCGCCAGCCUUUCGCGGUCGCCCAUCAGAAGGCGCCGGCCCACGCGUUCGCCCAGGUCGCGCGACUUGGACGUGCAGACGCUGCGAUCCGCAACGCGCCCUGCGAGACCCUAUCCGCCUGCGCCAAACGUCCCUGCGCGCAACCUCCAGCGACGCGAAGAGCUCACGCCCCAUGACGAUGGCUCGUCUUCGCGCGCGUACUUCCGCCUCGUGACAGAUGCCGAACGUCGCACGACGCCCGCACUCACCCCCAACUUUGCCCCUGCCAUACAUGUCGAACAUCGGCGGAGCGGACCGGUCCUGCGUCGACAUGGGCUUGCCCGGACUCACACCCUCGGACGGUCCGGCAAUCGCUCGCCUGUUCCCUUUGGGCAUGUGCCGGCGGAUGCAGACGAGGACAGCAGCGACAACGCAGUAGGCUUCCCACCACUACGUCGAAUGGGUCGCCGCACCAUCGCAGAUGGUCCAUUGCCUUCCAGCUCUUUGCGGGAGUCCUGGAGCCCCGCUACGACCCUCGAUGGCUUGGGUGAUCGCGAGCGCAGCAUGAGUCCGGUAGUCGACGAUCACUGGGAAACGAUGCUCACCAGCGUCGCGCCCGAUCCUCUGGCUCCCACUGCAGAAUCCUCCUUCGCCUCGGCCGCAGCAUCUGCUUCCUUCUCCAACCCUAGUUCGCGCGCCGGAAGCUCCAACUCGAAUUCAGCCUCUUCUUCACGGACCCACCUGACGGUACCUUCGAGGCGUCAAUCCUGGUCGGCUGACUUUCUGCGCGCGUGCGACACAUCUGAAGAUGACAGUGCGUCCGACACAGAAGCAGAGGAUGAUAUCCUCGAUUCAAAUUCGAUGCGCCCAAGACCCACAGCGGGCACCGCAUCGAACAGGCCGCCUCCCCCACGAGGUUUCUACUCGCGUGUCAUCCGUGAGCAGUCGCGGGAGUCGACGGGCUACGUGCGAAGCUUCUACGGCGAAGUGCCCUUUGAGCACGCUCGUCGGAUGGAGGAGCAGCUAGCGGCCGAAGAACGUGCCACCACUGACGAAGAGAUGCCGCUGGACCAGGAGCUCCGCGAUGCGCGAGCCCUCCUGGAGAGACUUGCACGGAGGGAAGAUGUCUCUGACGACUUCUGGGCCUCCGUGGGCCUGCGACGACCCGUUGCUGACCGCGUGGAGCGGAUCCAGCAGCGCGAGCGCCUGUAA